AUGGGUGGCAAGCAGCAUGAAAUUCAUUUCAGAAGUGAACCUGUUUCUUCAGAAGAUGAGGAUGGAGAGACUCAAGAAAGCAAGAUAAAAUCUCUGAGCAAAUAUUUGCCUCCAAAGAAAACAAUCACUCAGAUUAUGAAGGACAAAAAGAAGCAGACACAACUCACUUUGCAAUGGUUAGAAGAAAAUUAUAUUGUCUGUGAAGGAGUUUGUUUGCCUCGAUGCAUCCUUUAUACUCAUUACCUGGACUUCUGCAGAAAGGAGAAACUUGAGCCUGCUUGUGCUGCAACAUUUGGGAAGACAAUUCGCCAGAAAUUUCCUCUCCUCACCACUAGGCGGCUGGGUACAAGAGGCCAUUCAAAAUAUCACUAUUAUGGAAUUGGCAUCAAAGAAAGCAGUGCAUAUUAUCAUUCUGUGUAUUCUGGCAAAGGUUUAACAAGGUUUUCUGGAAGCAAGUUGAAGAAUGAGGGUGGUUUUACACGGAAGUAUUCUUUAAGCUCCAAAACUGGGACUCUUCUUCCAGAAUUCCCCAGUGCUCAGCACCUUGUAUUGGACCAAUGUAUCUCUAAAGACAAGGUGGAUACUCUUAUCAUGAUGUACAAAACUCACUGUCAAUGUGUCCUUGACAAUGCCAUUAAUGGAAACUUUGAAGAGAUCCAACAUUUCCUAUUACAUUUCUGGCAAGGAAUGCCAGAGCAUCUUCUUCCCCUGCUUGAAAAUGCAAUUAUCCUUGACAUCUUCUGUGUUUGCGACUCAAUACUCUACAAGGUCCUUAUAGAUGUACUCAUCCCUGCAACUAUGCAAGAAAUGCCAGAAGGAAUAUUGGCUGAUAUAAGAAAUUUUGCUAAAAACUGGGAAUACUGGAUUAUUUCUGCACUAGAAAAUCUACCAGAAGAACUUGCAGCAAAGAAAUUACCAAUUGGACGGAGAUUUGUUUCUUCCCUGAAGCGUCAGACCUCCUUUUUGCACUUAGCCCAGAUUGCGCGACCCGCUCUCUUUGAUCAACAUAUAGUGAACGCCAUGGUGACUGAUAUUGAAAAGGUUGAUCUGUAUGGCAUUGGAUCUCAGGCACUUCUCACUGUUUCAGGGAGCCUGGACUCUGAGGCGGAGGGCUACACUGAAUUGUUUCAAGAAUUGAAGGACCUCUUGAAGAAGAAUGCUACUGUGGAAUCGUUUAUUGAAUGGCUGGAUACUGUCAUUGAGCAAAGAGUUAUUAAGGCAAGCAAGCAGAAUGGUCGGUCUCUAAAGAAGAGAGCCCAAGACUUCCUUCUCAAGUGGAGCUUCUUUGGAGCUCGAGUAAUGCAUAAUCUCACUUUGAACAAUGCUUCCAGUUUUGGUUCAUUUCAUCUCAUCCGCAUGCUUUUAGAUGAAUAUAUCCUCCUUGCAAUGGAGACCCAGUUCCACAAUGAUAAAGAACAAGAACUUCAGAAUUUAUUGGACAAAUAUAUGAAGAAUCUAGAUGCCAGUAAAGCCACCUUUACAGCAUCCCCCAGUUCUUGUUUCCUAGCAAACCGCAACAAAGCUGCCCCAAUGGCUAGUGACGCCUCAGUGAAAAACGAAUGUCUGAUGGAGCAAACCUAUUUCUCUUUAUCAUCUGGUCAUCAUAGUAGCAUAUCGUCCGGUCUGAACCCAUGCACUGCAGGAGACAGUGAGAAUAUGCAAACCACAGGUCAGACCGACCUCUCUCAGAGCACUACCCACCUUAUCACUCCACCCAUUUCUCCAGCCAUGGUCAGCCGAGGAAGUGUUAUCAACCAGGGACCAAUGGCCAGACCAUCCAGUGUAGGCCCAUCAUUAUCUUCACACUCGCACUGCUCUUCUUAUUCUGAAUACCUUUGCCAGACGGUGCCACAAACGAACCAGAACUUCUAUGGAGCCGGUGCCAGUUACCCAGCCAUGUUCAGGACCCAGACUCAUCCACCUUCGGGAUCCUGUCUCCAGAGGGCAGAAUCGAGCCUUUGUCCAGCAGCCAAUGAACAGCAACGUUUCUCCCGGGACUACUUCAAUAGCAGCUGUGCUGUGUCUUCAUACAGCACCCGUUCCCUUCCUCUCUACGGAGCCUCUUCAGCUGCACAGGACACACAUUGUAUGCAAUUUUUGAACAAUGGGAGUUGCAGCUUUAUGAACAACACCACAACAGGUUCUUGUCAAGGACCAUCAUAUUCCACAGCUGCCUCUAAUGGGUUCUAUGGAAAUAAUGCAAACUAUUCAGAUUCCCACAGAUUUGAGUCAUUGGUAGAUCAGCACGUUUCUGUCAUCAGCAGUGUAAGCAGCAUUCGCCCAUUGCCUCCAUACAGUGACAUUCAUGAUUCACUCUGUAUCCUAGAAGAUACAGGAAGGAAACAGGGAGCAUCUUAUUAUCCAGAUGCCUCAAUUGCUGGCCAGAACUCUAUAACUUCAGAAAUGCUGUCUGCUCUGCCUACAAGUUCCUCUGAAUGCAUGUACGGCCAUUCUCGUCAGUGCCCUUCUCAGGAACCAAUGGACUCUUCUGGACAAACUAACAAUGAGAUGGUGUCAUCCUUACCACCGAUUAAUAUUGUCUUCAUGGGCACUGCUGCUGGAGGCACCUGA